AUGGGGUCUAUUAGGUCCUUGGGCAAGGCGGCCUGGGUCUGGUGUCCUCUGGCGGCAUUUGCAUGGACGUUGUUGAGCCGCACGGAGCUUUCCCAGAAGAGCGCAGACUUGGCGGAGAUGCGGUCGGGGCCCCUGGGUCGCUGCAGUCACUUUUUUUGGCUGGGUGUCGCCUUCGACGCUGUGGGUGUGGCAGUGCUGUUCACUGGUGUCUUCGCCAACUUGCUGUUUUACGACAUGCUGCUCUAUCUGGGUUCCAUCAUUAUCUUCGUCAGUCUCCUGUGGUGGAUCUCCUGGUACACUGGCAACAUUGAGGCGCUCCCGGAAGACCCCUUGAGGGGGACUUCGCCCCGCGAUGGCGGGGUGCACCGCAGCGGCAGCCGUCGCUUCUCGCUGACCCUUAGGAACGUCUCCAACACCUUUCAGCGGAUCCGCCGGCGGCGGCGGCGGCGGCGACUCCACCCGCGGGUCCUCCAGAUGAUCAGUAGCAUCAGCUCUAGCGACCCGAGCCAGCUAGAAAGGAACCGUGACGCCAGAAGCGCGGGUGGCAGAGCGUCGUUCCGUUCAGCGAAGUCUGUUCUGAACCAGUUUGGCACAGCCCAGGCCUCUAAGAGCCUGCCUCUGGUCACUAUUCAUACCCCUCUCUCCAUUUGUACUUCUAGGAGCCAACCUGUCUUUUCGAUGACCUCGCAGAGCUACCCUCUGGCGUCUGACAGCAAUUCUCACAUGGCUUUGUCCUCUGACAGCAAUGUGCCUGUGGAUUCUCACCCUCAGCAGCGCUCUAAGAUCAGUGUGGCCUCUCAGACCUACCCUCUGGAACGGGUAGAAAGUCAGAGCCACCUCCUGGUGCCCAUGUCCUCUGAAAGUUUCUCUGUGAUCUCUCAGAGCCACCUCCAGUCCUCUGACAGCUAUGUGUCUGUGCCUGUGGACCAUCACGCUCAGGAGAACUCUAAGAUCAGUGUAGCCUCUCAGAGCUACUACCCUCUGGAACGAACAAAAAGUCAGAGCCACCUCCUGGUGAUCUCUGACAGCCUAUCUAGGGUACCCAUGACUUCUCAGAGCCACCUCCAGUUCUCUGUAUUCUCUGAAAGCCAUGUGCCUGUGGAUCCUCACUCUCACGGGCGCUCUAAGAUCAGUGUAGCCUCUCGGAUCUACCCACUGGAACGGACAGAAAGCCAGAUCCACUUGCCAGUGCCCGUGCCCUCUGACAGUUUCUCUAAGGUACCCAUGACCUCUCAGAGCCAAAUCCAGCCCUCUGUAUCUUCUGAAAACUGUGGGCCUGUGGACCCUCACUCUCAGGAGCACUCUAAGAUCAGCGUGGCCUCUCGGAUCUACCCUCUGGAACGAACAGAAAGCCAGAGCCACCUCCUAGUUCCUGUGCCCUCUGACAGUUUCCCUAUGGUACCCAUGACCUCUCAGAGCCAAAUCCAGGGAUCUCUAGCCCAACAAAGCCAUCUCCAGAAUCUUCCUCCUGCCUCUCAAAUUCCUGAAACUGAUAAAGCUUCUAAGAGCCAUAUUUUGGCCAAGGGGGUUCCAUCUGGGAUUACCCAGACUCAACAGCCACCGGCCUCUGCAGCCCAGACUUCUCAAAGUUCUUCACCUGUCCAAAAGCUUCCUAAGAACUAAAGUGCUGAGGCUUUGAAGGUGACCCAACUUGAAACUAAGUCAGGAGCAACCUGAGUAUUCACUGGCUGUCUCUGAGGCCACACAUUCAGACAUUCAGUAGUGUGACCCUUCUGGGAACCCUUCAGCCUUGGGGACAGUGAGGAAAAGUCACCCUUUAUAAUAGGAAUCAGACACCAGCCAUUUGAAUGUCUACUAAGGUGUUUGCCAAGUAAGUGGCUUGGAAGAAAAGUUACCAACAUUAUCCCUUUUAUUGUCAGUGUUCUCAAUUCCUGUAGUGGGAACAAAGUGGCCUUGGGCUUGAGGGAUUAGUCAUUUUGAUGGUUUUUGAGAUCAGUUCUCUGAGUAGUUGAGACCUAAGGCUUUCACUACUUUAUUGGAUAAUGAAACCUGUUCCUUUUGUUUAAGGUUAGAAGAGAGAGCCAGAGAAGUGUUCUUUUAGGAAGCUAUAAGGUCUGGACAUGAGUGGAGGAUUUGGAUUCCGUAAGGGUUCUCUUGGAAGAAGACAGGGACAUAACGUCAAAUGACAUUGAAUCUUAGUGGGGAAGUUAUUUUUUUUCAAUAUAUUUGACUUUUGUCAGAGAGACUACAUUGGCAGUGCCCCCCCACAUGCCCCUUUAAAACCCCUUUAAAGCUUCCAAGGGAAAACCUAUCCCCAGCUAGACAUUAAUGUUCUUCAUAUUCAUAGACUUUUCAGUGAGUCACUUCUACUUAAUGCCAAGUGAUAUUAAUUUCCUGUUUACAACAGUGAUAUCUACUGUUUAAAUAUAUCAUCUAAAUAAAACAUUUUGUACAAUGUAAGGGUAAGCUUUGAAUGCAUAAGUAGAGUUGGGUGACUCUAAAGUGAAAAUGGUGGACCUGAGCUAGCUCUCUCCUCUCCCCUCUCCCUUUUCUCUUUCUUGGUUUAUAUUUUGUUGUUGCUGUUUUUGUUUU